AUGGCCGUGGUGCAGGGUAGAGACGGCCUCCAAGGCGGCUCAGGCAGGCCUCAAUUAACCCAGGGUCUCUCAAUAACAAGACCCCGGGAGAACCCCCAGAACACCUCACCCAUGCAUGAACAGAACCUUGAGUUGGAGACCUACUUAUCGGAAAACUUCAGUACCCUGCAGCAGAUUCUCUCCGACACCACGGAUCGAGAUGAGGCUUUCCACAAAUCAGCCGAGUCAACCUUGACUAACCUCACGGAGCGGUGA